AUGGAAAAACUCCCUAAACUUACAUUUGAACAAGAACCGCUGAAAGAAUCUUUAGGUGAAGCUCCCGCAGUAUUGGCUAAAAGAAAACCUGUUUGUCCUACCCCUUGGUGUCCUACUUCAGAAGAACAAAUAGAUCCGUCUUGCGAUCCUGAUUUUCCAAAAACAAUAACAUAUAAAGAUAUCUUAACUGCUUACCGUGCGAUAAGUGAAGAAAUACCAAGGACUGCUCUAGUGCGAUCAAAAUGUUGUGCUAAAUUUGAUAUGGAAAUAUUCUAUAAAGUUGAGAUAUUUUAUCAAACUGGCAGCUGUAAUGAGAGAAAAGCUUUCUACGCGUUGUCCGUAUUAAAUGAGGACGAGAAAUGUCAUGGUGUUAUCACAGCUUCUUUGGGCAAUUGGGCGUUGGCUUUGGCAUUUUAUGGUCAACGUUUAGGCAUACCUGUGACUGUGGUUCUACCGUCAACGACACCAGUUUAUGUUGUGGGAAAGUGUCAUGAACUAGGAGCCUUUGUUGUGUCUUACGGAGAGACUCUGGAUGAUGCUAGGCGACAGGCGUUUGUUAUGCUUAAAAAGAGGGGACAGGUGUAUAUAAACGGAUACGAUAAUCCCAACGUCAUAGCUGCAUCUGGUUCAAUAGGGAUCGAGAUCUUGGAACAACUACCGGAGACCGAUGCAAUCAUAGUACCUGUGGGUGGAGGCGGUCUUCUUGCUGGCAUAUCAGCCGCAGUUAAGCAUAUCAAACCAGGAAUAUUAGUAUACGGUGUGCAAACAAAAACUUCAAGAUCGUUCUUCAAUGCCAUGGAAAAGGGACGCCCAUACCAAACAGUUGUGACGCAUAAUUUAGCCACAUCUUUAAUAGUACCCACGGCUGGAUACAACGCCUUCCAUACCGCAAGGGGCCUCAUUGAUAAAAUGGUUUUAGUUAAUGACGAUUGCAUAUCUCGCGCGAUGCUACAUUUGGUAGAAGAAGAAAAGCUUAUAGUCGAAGGAGCAGGCGCAUCAAGCUUGGCUGCAUUUAUGUCAAUGCCAAAUAUACUUCCAGAGUUAAAGAAGAAAACUGUUGUUUGCGUAUUGACUGGUGGAAACAUAGACACUUUGAUCCUUCCUCGGUGUUUGGAAAGAGCGAAAAUAAUCGAAGGUCGAAUUGUUAAAUUGAGUGUACGUUUAAGUCUGGAUGAGCCAUGGGAACACCUCAAGGUGCUAAGUAUGAUAGCUAAUGUCGGUGCAAAUGUUAUUCAAUACCUAUCUGAGAAACCAUUACUCGACGAUGAUUUCGAUAAAAGUUAUCUGAAAGUACUCUGUGAAACCCGUGAUAUUGGACAUGCAUGUACACUCAAGAGAGUAAUGGAGCGUCUUUUUCCAAAUAAAUGUCAAUUUUAUGAGGAGCCGUACCGUCCGGUCCCUAUUUGCGCAUGUUUUCCUCGUUGUUAG